UAGCUAGCGCUAGCAGAUCCAAAAUCUUUUCAGACAUGCAAGAACCCAUCCAGAAUGCUCAGCCACAACAACACCACAAUACCCAACACCGUUGCAACAACGACCGCAACCCUGAUACCGGUACUUGUGGACUGCUGUGAAUGUGCUAGACAUCUCAGGCAAGAAGCAACCACAAAGCUUGAGAAGUCUGAAUAUCCCAAUCGUUUCGUUUGAGAAGAAAGACCAAGCAGAUGGAUAUCAAGAGUUCCAACAGUACGAAAGCGAAAGCUGUCGCGGUGACUUGUGUGGUUGUCAUUGGCGCUACCAUUGCGGUGCUGGACUUGUACAAGAAACGUGCCACUGCCAAGAAAACCUUGGAUGAUGAUGUGGUAGAGCCUCCCUAUGUUUCUUCCUGGAUUCCUCACGUGGGUUCGGCCUUGGAAAUGUCCAAGUUGGGGCAUCUUCAGUUCAUUCAAAAGUAUACCCAAAAGUGCGGAACUCCCAUUUUCUCGGCGAACAUCAUGGGUAGGCUUUGUCAUUUCAUUGGGGACCCACUCCAUACACAGUUUGUGUUCAAGGACUGGCCACAGUUUGACACACAGUCCAUCGCCAUGGAUUUCCUGCAAAAGGCCAUGGGGUGUGACAAGAAAGAAAUCGAUAAGGCACAUGCCAGUCCUGGUUGGAUCAAGCAAUCCAAAGAAUCUUUCAGAAACCAUAUUCUUGCCACUCAAUCCAUCCAAGAGACGGUCCAAAAAGCGCAAAGCAUCCUUCUAUAUCUCGUCGACCAAAUCUCAGAUGGUGAGCAUGCAUUAUUUCAGCUAGUCAAGGAGAACAUCUUUCUCGCAUCCGUUGAACCAUUUGUCGGAAAGGACAUGGCCGACACGGACUACCUAGCAGCCUUUCGCGAUUUAGACCGGGGCAUUCCACUUGCCAUGGCCAAUGCACCAAACGUAACACAACAAAAAUUCAUUGCUGCCCGAGAAAUGUUUGUUCAACUACUCCAAAGGGAAUCCUUCCAAGAAAACUGCUCACCAUUCAUGAAGGAACGCAUCCGCAUUGGCAGCCAACAUGGAAUCCAGCAGGAAACCAUUGCACGCAUCAAUCUAUCAUUGUUCUGGGCAUCUGUCGGAAACUCGGCACCGGCCAUCUUUUGGACCAUUCUAUUUGUCCUCCAAGACCCAAUCGCCUACGAGCAGAUCCAAAAGGAAGUGGAUUCCUUGCCACCUCUCUCGCAAAACACAAACGAUGGUGAUGAGGAAUCCCUUUAUUCUCUAGAGAACUUGGACAAGUGUGUUCUCAUUGAUUCGGCCUUCAAGGAGACACUGCGUCUUCGAGCUUGGCCCUUUGCCGUGAAGAAUUUGGUCGACAAUGUCAUUUUCGAUCCAAAGCAGAGUGACAGCCCCAAGUUCCUCCUCAAAUCGGGCACACGCAUCGUGGGCAAUCAAGCCGUCACCUAUAUGGACCCGGAUAUAUUCCCCAAUCCACAAACCUUUCAAUACGAUCGCUUUGUAGUCAACCAGGAAACAGGCCAGCCACCUAGCUUUUCCAAGAACGGAAAGACUAUUGCCGAACCAUUGAGGGUCUUUGGCGGGGGCAAACGAUUGUGCCCUGGUCGAAAAUUUGUUGCCUGUGAAACGAAGGCGUACAUUGCUGUACUCUUUAGAAAGUUUCAUAUGGAAAUUGUUGGCAAGCACACAUUUGCAAUGGCGGAAGCGGACAAACGAACAGCGAAUGUUGGUGUCAUGCAUCCGGUGGAAGAUGUCAUGAUCAAGUUUACAAGGAGGUGAACCGAAAACAGCCAGAUUGAAUUCAUUCUGUUUCUUUCUUUUCGAUUGGAUACGGUGUAGUACGAAACUAAAAACCUCUUAUUAUACAUACCGGUAGCUGUCAGCAUACUAGUACAUGUACCAAACUUUACAACCACCGGAGGUUUGGGUCAAAGUGAAAGAUUGACACCCAAACGUCCCAGGCUGAAAAUAUUUUCACAGCUCUGACGCUUUUAAUUUAUCCUUCUA